GGGCAGGAGGCGGGCGGCGCUGUCAGUGCGAGGCGGCGAGCGGAAUGCAGCGGCCCGAGGCCUGGCCACGUCCACACCCGGGGGAGGGGGCCGCGGCGGCCCAGGCCGGGGGCCCGGCGCCGUCUGCUCGAGCCGGGGAGCCCUCGGGGCUGCGGUUGCAGGAACCUUCCCUCUACACCAUCAAGGCUGUUUUCAUCCUAGAUAAUGACGGGCGCCGGCUGCUGGCCAAGUAUUAUGAUGACACAUUCCCCUCCAUGAAGGAGCAGAUGGUUUUCGAGAAAAAUGUCUUCAACAAGACCAGCCGGACUGAGAGUGAGAUUGCAUUUUUUGGGGGUAUGACCAUCGUCUACAAGAACAGCAUUGACCUCUUCCUAUACGUGGUGGGCUCAUCCUACGAGAAUGAGCUGAUGCUCAUGUCUGUUCUCACCUGCCUGUUUGAGUCUCUAAACCACAUGUUAAGGAAGAACGUGGAGAAGCGCUGGUUGCUGGAGAACAUGGAUGGAGCCUUCUUGGUGCUGGACGAGAUUGUGGAUGGCGGUGUGAUUCUGGAGAGUGACCCCCAGCAAGUGAUCCAGAAGGUGAAUUUUAGGGCAGAUGAUGGCGGCUUGACUGAACAGAGUGUGGCCCAGGUCUCUCUGCUCAGACUAAUCCUGCUUGUAUGGAACUUCCUGCCUUGGCGCUAACUCCUUGUGCUGUGGUGGCCCUACCGAGAUGAGCCUGUGCUGUCUCGUGUGGAGUCCCAGGUGUGGUGCCCAUUUUCCUGCACUGCCCUUAACAUUCACUCUGCUUCGCCCUCCCCUCUGAUUCCCUAUGUUUCCUCAUACCAUGCUGGAAUGAAUGCAGCUACAAGGCAAUUUUCAGGGUGGAAAGAGGGUAGGGAGUAAUGAGCAGAGCAGAUAAGAACACGGGUGCUCAUGGGAGUCAUCCCAGGAUACAUAUUCCACCUUACCACCUGAAGCUGGGUGACCUAGGGCAAGUUACUCAAACUCUCUGGGCCUCACAUAAUCACAGGACGCUCCUCAUGGAGUUAUGACAAUUCAAUGAGCCAAUGCAUGGCAAGCUCUUAGCAGGGCUCCAAGCAAGUUAACACAUGCUGAAUAACCAUCAGUAUUUCUCCAAAGGGAGAAAGAAUGAAAACAUAACAUUUUUAAUGGAAUUCUUGAGUAAAAACAAAGCAAGCUACAGGUGGCCAAUGGGCGAUAAAAUGAGGACAAAGUUAGAUUCCGGCUAGGAGAAUCGGGGGAACCCUAAGCCACUGUCCCCAAGAGAGGAGGGAGACUGUGCAGGAGGAGGAGACAGACACAGUGUUCCCUCCUUCUCUAGAAGGGAAUGAGGCUGAGUGGCUGAAGGGACAACCUACCUGAGGGACACACCUGGUGUCCUGUCCCCCUCUCCUGCUUUGGUAUUGUGCAUGCAUGCGUACACUUGUAUGGAUUUGUGUAAGCACUGGUCUGAAACUUUCCACCAGGCAUCCCAUCGCAGGGUCUGGCCGGCCACCCUUUGCCAGCUAUGCCACAUCAGCUGUGGGUUGGGGUGGGGUGUUGAGGACACAUCACCAGUCAUGGCCAGAGGCAUCAGCACAGGGAGUGUCAGGCCUGGGCCCCGUCUCCGCCUGGACGUGGCACUGUGGGCGGGAACUCUCAUGGCAUGACGAGGGGAGACAGGCUGCUGACACACCCAGGCUGCAGAUGCAGGAGCCAGAGAUCUGGGCAGGCUUGGGCCUUAGGUGGGAGCUGGCUGCAGCCGGUUUGGUCUGCCCUUUCUGACUUGAAGGGUUGGCCGCAUUUAGGCCAAGCAGAGACAAGAUGCUGCCACCUAGUGACCGGGGGUUGCAGGGGCGCUUAGGGAAGGUGGGCUGUGGACCUCCC